AUGAGUUAUAAGAAUAUAUUCACUGGUGUGCUAGGUGCUGGUGUGUUAGGAUCUAUAUUUUUGAAGGGUUCAUCCAACGUACCCGCAACUCCUGCUCCUCCGCCUCAAUUGACAGAUCCUGUCAACGUUGACCCGGCAAAGUUCUUUAAGUAUGGAUUUCCAGGCCCUACUCAUGACUUGGAGAACAGACAAGGAUUUAUUUCGUGCUAUGAUAGAAGAACCAGGAAUCCUUACUGGGUUGUUGAACAUAUUACGGCGGAGUCUUUAAAAUUGAAAAAUGGAAAUAGAAAGAAUGUUUUUUUUAAGGAAGAUGAAGCUAUUCCUGAAAUGUUUAGAGCAAGGUUGCGGGAUUAUUUUAGAUCUGGGUAUGAUAGGGGGCAUUUAGCACCAGCUGCUGAUUUUAAGUAUUCCCAGAAUGCUAUGGAAGAAAGUUUUUAUUUAUCAAAUGUUUGCCCGCAACUCCACGAUGGUUUUAACGCCGGUUAUUGGAUGUAUCUCGAACAAUAUUGUCGUCGUUUGGCUAUGAAGUAUGGCAGCUUACACAUAGUUAGUGGGCCUCUAUAUUUGCCAAAAAAGGAUCCAGUUGAUGGGAAGUUCAGAGUUACCUAUGAGGUCAUCGGAAAUCCUCCUAAUGUUGCUGUUCCGACGCACUUUUUCAAAUUGCUUUUAGCAGAUAAUGGUAAAUUAUAUGCAGGUGCAUAUGUAUUACCAAAUGAACCAAUUCCACAAUCUGCUAAAUUGUCUGAAUUUGAAGUUCCAAUUAAUGCAUUAGAACGUUCUACUGGGCUGCAGUUUUUGCAAAAAGCUAAAUAUGAAAGACUUCCAGUAGAAGAUGGAAUGAUAAAACUUAUUGCAGAAACAGUUUAUGAUUAG